UAGCUCAAACUGGGAUGACGAUUUCUUUUUAUAAAAAAAAGUACAAAAAACGCCAUAAAGUUUCUUAUAUUGCCACAAAAUGUUGACUCAUUUGAGACAGAGUUUCUGCAGUGCGGAAUCCCCACAAUUCGUGGAAUUAUUUAAAUUUUCCCAAUAAAUGGGAAACAAAAGAGUUUCUUGCAGCCCGUAACAUAAAUUCGUCCCAUGCGGCUGUUAAUAUGCAAAUUAUGGUGUAAUGUGUGAAAAAUCCAAUAUUUGCCAAUGGGAUUCCCGACCAUUAGUGGAGUGCUAAAUGAAAUUAACUUUUCUCCCUUUUCCCCCUGCGAAUUUUCUCCACCCAUCUGACCCACCUGACCAAGUUCCCAUGGAUGGGAAAUGUCCGGAAGGCGCCGGAUCGUCACAGAUAAGAGACGAUUCACCACUGUGUGGCUCCUGCUAUCGACCAAUUUGUGAUCGAUACAUCAUGCAAGUCGUUGAGAUGACCUACCACGAGGCAUGUCUCAACUGUACCUCAUGUUCUGGACGCCUUCGGGAUUCCUGCUUCAGUCGAGACGGGAAGCUCUUCUGUCGCAUCGAUUAUGAGAGAUUAUUCGUAAAGAACAAGUGCUUGGCGUGUGGCGAGCGCAUCUCAUCGGAUGAGUUUGUAAUGCGAACAGAUGCGGAUGAUCUCUUCCACCUUAAAUGCUUUGUGUGCGUCGUGUGUGGGGUGCAACUGCAGAAGGGGGACCACUAUGUCUUGAAGCAGGGGCAGCUUUUCUGUCGCACAGACUAUGAGAAGGAAGUUGAGAUGCUCCAAUCCAUCUCGGCAGCCGUCUACAAUGAUCCAGAAGACUUUGCGGAGGACUUUGGGCGCAACAGCCGACGUGGACCAAAGAGACCACGCACCAUCCUCACCACGCAACAACGGAGGGCCUUCAAAGCGUGCUUCGACAUCUCCCCACGGCCAUGCCGCAAAACCCGCGAAAGCCUCGCCAGUGACACUGGUCUCAGCUUGCGAAUUGUUCAGGUGUGGUUCCAGAAUCAACGUGCAAAAAUGAAGAAAAUGGAAAAAAAGGAAAAGUGCAAAAGUGAAUCAGCCGAUGAGGAUGAUGAAAAGGGCAAGAAAGGAUCCAAAAAGAGGGAGAAAUGUUUACAAAUUAAGGAAGAUCCUCAAAGUGACAAUGAUUCCCUCACUUCCGGCACAUCCGUAAUGUCCCCCAGUGAAGAAAACUUCCUCAAACUAGAGCCUCAGCGGCAUGAUGUAGCAUCAAUUGAUACAGCUGACCAUCAGAUGAGGGAACACAUCACAAACUUCCACGGGAUGAUUAAUCAAAUAAACGGUGGAAACUUUGCCAAUCCCAUCGAUAGACUCUACUCCAUGCAGAAUCUCUACUUCUUUGCUGACGAUGAGAAGAUGAUUCGACAAUGAAAGUUGUUAAUAAAAGUAUGAGCACCAAAAA